GAGGGGGAUUGGAAAAGACCACGCCGGUACGAGGAAACCAAGACUGCUUCCUAGACACACCCCGUCUCUCCUGGGCGUGAGCAAGAGCGUGUGCGUGUGUGUGUGUGUGUGUGUGUGUUGGGAGCGAGGGGCGGGUCAAGCUCCCACCUCCUCUCCUUCUCCCACCCCCCACUGUGUCCCAGGAGACUUCAGACCCUGGAAGACAGCAGACUGAGACCUCAGGAGAGCCCUAGUGCGCGGGGCAGAUGGACGCCAAGCCCCCCACUACUUCCAGGCAGGCCCCAGCCCUCGACUCGGAGCGCUACUCCCUCCUCUGCCUACCACUGAGUUUGCUGGAUGAUCAAGGGGGUUCCAAGGCAGCCCAGGAAAAAGCCUCCACAACAAGCAGCACUUCCUUGCCUGUCCAGACCGGGAAAUAACAGAAUUGCCACGGGGACUGGCAGCUGACUCACCUGGACACGCCAAGACUAGCCAGUCUGUCUUCACCCCGCCCCGUGGUGAACAUGAAGGCUGCCUGGGAAGCCUAGGUACUUGCUGUGUGCCCUAAGGCCGUGAGUCUGGCACCCUGGCCAUGUGCAGCCCUGAAGAGGCAGCCCUGCUGCGGCUGGAGGAGGUCUUCUCAGCCACACUCGCACGCAUCAACAGCUUUGUCCUCCAGCCCCUUCUGGAGGCCGGGCAUGACUGGAAGGCAGGAUGCCCGGUUUACGAAGUGACCUUGGGCAGGUGCCUUCCUCUUGGGGGCUCUGUUGGUGCAUCUGUGAAUGCUCCAGAGCCCUCAGAUCCCUGGGGCAGAGAGUGCCUACAGCUCCUGCAGCAGCUGCACAGGAGCUCCCAGCAGCUGUGGGAGGUGACGGAGGAAAGCCUGCACUCCCUGCAGGAGAGGCUGCGCCACCCGGACUCCAUCAGUCUGGAAUCCCUGCUGCUGCUGCACUGCGCUGACCGUGUCUUGCAAGUCCACCUGGAGUACAUCGAGUCCUACACAAGCUGCGUGGCAGUGCAGGCCUUUCAGAAGGCAGUAAAGAGGAGGAGCGAGUACUGGCAGGGCCAGCGGAAGGUGCUGCAGCAGCUCCUGUCGGGCAUGAGCUCAGAGGGCUCGGUGGGCACAGCGCUGGUCCAGGCUCUCCGCCAGCCCCUCACCCAUCACGUGCAUCAGUACGUGCUCCUCCUGCUGAGCCUCGGGGACACUGUCGGGGAGCGUCACCCCACCCGGGAGCUGUUGGUGCACGCAGCCACCGUCUUUGGGAACUUGCAGUCCUUCAUGAGGCAGGAGCUGGACCAGGCCAUGGCCACGCAGGCCCUCUGGCACACUCUGAGCAGCCGGCUGCGGGAUGUGCUCUGUACCCCCGCUCACCGACUCUUGCAAGACAGCCAGGACAUACCUGUGACGGUCACCCCGCUGAGGGCAGAGCGUGUGCUGCUCUUUGAUGAUGCCCUUGUCCUGCUACAGGGCCACAGUGUCCACACCUUUGAUCUGAAGCUGGUGUGGGUGGAACCUGGGCAGGACAGGUGCAUGUUUCACCUCCUCACGCCUGAGGAAGAGUUCUCUUUGUGCUCCAAGGACCCGCAGUGCCGGGUGGCCUGGCAGUGGAAGGUUACCCAGGCUGUGUGCCAGACCUUGCGUGGGAAGAAGGACUUCCCGGUGCUGGGGGCGGGCCUGGAGCUUUCUGAACCCCCCACCUGCCGCUGUGGAGCAUACACUUUCCGUGCGGAGGGCCGCUUCAGCCAGGCCACCUAUGAGGGCGAGUGGUACUGGGGCAGGCCCCAUGGCAAGGGAACCCUGAAGUGGCCAGACGGGCGGAAUCAUGUGGGGGAUUUCUGCCAGGGCCUGGAGCAUGGCUUUGGCAUCCGCCUGGUGCCCCAGGCCUCCGAGGAUAAGUUUGACUGUUACAAGUGCCACUGGCGGGAAGGCAGCAUGUGCGGCUAUGGCAUCUGUGAGUACAGCACCAGCGAGGUGUACAAGGGCUACUUUCAGGAAGGCCUGCGGCAUGGAUUUGGGGUCCUUGAGAGCACCCCGCAGACCCCUCAGCCCUGCAGGUACACGGGCCACUGGGAGAGGGGCCAGAGGAGUGGCUAUGGCAUCGAGGAGGACAGCGACAGGGGUGAGCGCUAUAUUGGCAUGUGGCAGGCUGACCAGCGCCAUGGCCCAGGGGUCAUGGUCACCCAGGCAGGUGUCUGCUACCAGGCGACCUUCCAGGCAGACAAGAUGGUGGGCCCAGGGAUCCUUCUCUCUGAAGAUGACUCCUUGUAUGAGGGCACCUUCACCAGGGACCUGACCUUUGUGGGGAAGGGCAAGGUCACCUUCCCUAAUGGCUUCACCCUGGAGGGCUCUUUUGGCAGUGGGGCAGGGAGAGGACUGCAUAUCCAGGGUGUGCUGGACACAGCUGCCCUCCCUUCAGAUCCAGGCAGUACCCGCAAGAGGCAGCUGGGCCUGGGCGUCUUCCCUGUGGAGAGCCGCUGGCAGGGCGUCUAUGGCCCCUUCCAGGACUUUGUUCAAGCUGGCUGCCCUGGAGACCUGCAGGAGGCCCUGCUGGGCUUCCACGUGCAGAGCUCAAGGGAGCUGCGCAAGUCCCAGGAGUACCUGUGCUGCGAGAGGACCCACCCCGAGGACCACGCAGGCAGAAUGGAGGACAUCCUGGAGGAGCUGCUGCAGCACCGGGCGCCCGAGGCCCUGCAGCAGUGCCUCAGGAAGGCCCUGAACAACUCUCUGCAUCCCCUGGGAAAGCUGCUCCGGACUCUGAUGCUGACCUUCCAGGCCACAUACUCAGGCAUUGGGGCCAACAAGCACCUGCAGGGGCUGGCGCAGGAGGAAGUGAAGCAGCACGCCCAGGAACUCUGGGCCGCCUACAGGUGUCUGCUGCAGGUUGCCUUACAGUGCAAGGGCCAGGCCCCAGAGGAAGAUGAAGAUGCAGAGACAAGGGACCUGCAGGUGCACAGAUUGGUGCUACCCCUUGUCCUGCCCAGCUUCUACUCGGAGCUCUUCACUCUCUACUUGCUUCUUCAUGAGAGGGAGGACAGCCUCUACAGCCAGGGCAUUGCCAACCUUAGCCUCUUCCCCGACACCAAGCUGCUUGAGUUCCUGGACGUACAGAAGCACCUGUGGCCCCUCAAGGACCUCACGCUGACGACCAAUCAGCCUCCUGGAGACCAUUUACCCCACUUUACAAGAUACUCCCUGGUCAGAGACAAGUGCUUCCUGUCAGCCACGGAAUGUCUGCAGAAGAUGAUCACCACGGUGGACCCCUGGGAGAAGCUGGAGGUGCUGGAGAGGACAUAUGGGGAAAUUGAGGCCACUGUGUCGCGGGUGCUCGGCCAGGAGCACAAGCUGCCCAUGGACGACCUGCUGCCGCUGCUCAUCUACGUGGUGUCGCGUGCCCAAAUCCAGCACCUGGGAGCCGAGAUCCACCUGAUCCGUGAUAUGAUGGCCCCUAUCCACACAGGAGGCCUGUAUGACUUCUUGCUCACGGCCCUGGAGUCCUGUUACGAGCACAUCCAGAAGGAGGACAUGAGGCUGCAUCGCUUGCCCAGCCGCUAGAACUCCAGGGAGCCGUGGUAGCUCAGCUUCUCCUGGACAAACCGCAGAGCUGAGAGGGGCCACCGUGGAAUUCCCGUGGAGUGAGCGUGGCCCACUCUGGCCCUUGUGGCCCACAGGACAGAAGGCAGGAUGAGCCCUGGAGGUGGCUCUUGGAGGAGAUGAGCGUUUACUUUCUCGCAGGGAGAUGCUGCUGCCGUCCUGACUGGGAGGAGGGUGAGGGUGAUGGGUGUGGCCCCAGAGCUGGUGGUUUCCCCUGCCCCCUGCCACUCUCUAGGCCAGCCUCGGAUGAGCUUCUUGACCUGCAACAGCUCAUGGACUGGGGGCAAGGAGCCCCUGGCCUCUCCUUGCCUCAUCCUUGCCUCCAAGUUAUUGAGCCUCUCUGGGCCUCAGUGUUGCCAUCUGUAAAAUGGUGGACUACAUGGUCUGUAAAGGGCCUUCCAUCCAUCUUGCUGACUUCUGGCAUCCUUCCGUAAGUCUGACUUUGGUCUCUUGGGCUGUAACUGAAGUUCUUGUGUCUCGGGUGGUAUCAAUCCAUUUCUCCUCUCCUGGUCAGAGGCUCCAAGCUGCUAGUGACGGCUCCGUUUAUUGGGCUUUUUUCCCAUGAGUUGUCUCCUGUGGACCUGCCUUCUUUCCAACUGCCCCAGAGCAGAGCUGGCCUCUCAGGGCUGCAAGGCAGGAACAGCUCCAGCUCCACCCUGACCUGCUGGGUGGCCUCUGGCAAGGCCCUUCCCCUUACUGGGUAUGCAGUUGAGAGCGUGGACUUGGGGGUCUCUGAACUACAGUCCGCAUAUCAUGGCUGUGCUGGAGCAGGCCAGGGGCGGGGGAGGAAACUCACCUAGCUUGCCUCACUGCCAGCAGGUAGGUGCCAAGGGAAUUAACACACCUAUGACCUCUGUGGGCCUGUGUGCAGGAGGGACAAUGGAGGCACGAGGUUGGCCUAUGCCCUGACCGAUAAGCACCUCUGGCUCAGGACCCCAACAGGAGUUGGGGAGGGAGGCGUUGGGAGCUCCUUUGCCUUUGGGAAGGGAGGACUUUAUUUAAAUAGUGGUUCUAGCGUGGAACCAGAAAACACAGAACUGGGUCUCGGGGCAACUUCAUCCCUGCCGGGCCUCAGUUUCUCCUCCCCACAUGGAGGAGUUUGGGCCAGGUGGCCUGCAGGGGCUCCCCCGCCCUAACAUGAGAUGUGUGACAGUAGGCAGGGUGACUGUGUUCUGAAGUGGUCUAAGGGCAAAGCAUGGGGAGAGGGUGGGUUUAUGCAGGGGCGUAGCCCUGGAGGACAAGCUGGGCCUAGCUGCCAGGCCCAUGCCUUGGACUGUAAGCAAAUUGGGUCACACAUCUUGGCUCUGGGUGUGCCUUCCAUAAAAAAACACUGAGGGAGGCUCCAAGAAAGCCUGGGCCCAAGGCCGAAUCCCCAAGGAUUUAGCAGGGGGCGAUCCAAGGACCUUCAGAGAUACUGUGGGGCAUUGAGUGGAGAGACUCAGCUACCUCCAUGCACUGCCACCUCCAGAGGAAGGGGUGGGGGUGAGUUUUCCCUGGCUGUUCCGCCAAAUGUGGCAGCUUGAAUGGAGAAAGGUCCUGGGCUCUGGUUUUGCCAGACACUCCUGUGGUGUCCCCGCAGCGUCCCUGGAAGAGGGUUGAACUGAGGAAGGGUAAGGAUAUCCAGGCUGUCGUGGGCAUGCACCUCACCCAAGACUAUGGCAGCUCUCCAGCAGUUGUCAGGUAGUUCUUGUCCCUUAACAAGUGACAACAGCCUUGCCCAAGGGCAGCCCUGAGUUGGUGCGAUGCUGCAGCCUCACUCCGGAGAGCACCGCACACUCCCCGGCUCCAUCAGGAUCUGUGCACACUCACCGCAGUGCAGAUUCACCAGGACCUUUCACCCAUCCUCUUGCUGGGCCUCCCCAACACCUACUGAAUUGGGGCCCCUGGACAGGGCUUCAGGAGAUUCCCGGGGCAGCUCGGGCUGCUGUGUCCGACCCUUUCAGCACAACCAUAAAGCCAGCAGGGGCCUUCGAAUUAGACAGUGAGCGAAUUGACAACUGAGGUCAGUUCUUCAUUUACAGAAGAGAUACCUGGAGCCAGGUAACCACCUGCCGUGUGGGUGCCUGGGGAGGCUGAUGGAGAUGGCCACCUGCGGGCAGGCGAGUCCCCGCUCCAGUGAUGGCCUCCCCCGGCUGCUGCAGGAGCCCCUUCGCUGCAGUGAGAGCACUGGUGUCCACUCUGUGAGUCUGGUUGGGAACCAGGAACUCUAGCGCCUAGGGUGAUCCAGCUGACGUCAAAAGCAGCCUCUGCCCUCCGUCUUUCUGGUCCCCAUCUCUUCUCCAGGAUGAGGAUUCUGCUUUCAGCAGUGAUCGUGAGGAAGUCGUAAAAUUCUUCACAAUCAAUCUCAAUCAGGACUUCAUGAUCACCAGGGCCAGAGAGGAGAGAGGCCAAGGGAGAUGCUUUUCACUGACGGCAUUCUGACAGGCUACAAAGAGCCACACUGGCCCUGUUCUCAAGGGCCUGGACUUGGGGCUGAGAAAGACAGAGACACCUGAGAGUUAUUAAAUGGCCUCUCAGUGAGCAGAUGUGUCUGAGUCACACAGCCCAACCCCCCACUUUUCUCCCCCAAUGCAGCCCUGGUCCUGCAUGCAGUCUCUCUUGCAACCUCUCAACCCCUGCUUCCCCCCCACCCUUUACUUCACUUCAAUAGUCAAACCUAUCUGCUGCCACCUCUUGCUCUCCAGCUCCUGCCCCUCCUUGUUCUGUCCCCUAGAAAUGUCCUCCUCCAGUUCCACUGGGUCCCAGGCUGCUCCAUCCUCGCAGGCCCAGCUCUCAUGAAGCCCCGUCUCCCAGGGCAGGAGUCUCCCUGCUCCCCAGCCCUUCUCCGGGGCCCCUUCCCCGGCCUCAUCACGUUACUGUUGUGUGACUGGUGGGGUCCCUGCUUCCCCCCAGUUCGCCAGGCACACGGCUCACUGCUUGCUAGGCCGAGAGAAGGGGGGAGCUGGAUCCAAGUUCUGACCAAGUCUCUGUUUAUUCAGACCACCCUUGAGGGUGCUGGGAGCUAGUGCACAGUCUGGGCAGCCCCUUGCCCACUGCAGCCCCAGAGAAGGCUGGAAGGAGUCAGGGUUGGGGGUGAGAGCAGUCGGAGCAAUGCUGUGUAACCUGAGCAGGGACCUGAGUGAGGGCCACAUGGCCUCAGCUGUCGGGUCUCCCAGAGGGAUGGCUGCUUACUCUGGGGUCAGCGAAUGGCAGGGACUGCCCUCCUGUGGGCACUGGGGAAGGGAUAAGUUCAGGGUUAGGGUCAAGGUCAGAGUCAGGGUCAGUGUCAGGUUAGGGUUAGGGGUUAGGAUUGAAGUGAGAGUGAGAGUCAAGGUCAGGUUCAGGUUAGCUCAGGGUCCUAGUGCAGGUCAGGGCUUUCCUGGUUGGCUUGGUCAGGAGUUGUACAGAAGUGAGCUCUGGCUUUUAUCUCAUUGUGAGCAAGAACCAGGGAUGGGGACCAGGCUGCCAAGGCCUUGAUCUGUCCAUGACCUCGGCCAAGUCCUUCCCCUAACUGGGUCCUCUGCCCUGUGUGUAAGGAAGGUUGCUGCUAGGCACUAUUGUUCUGCCAUCCAGGAAGGAGGAGGAGACCUGGAGUGGAGGAACAUAUGUUCUGCUCCUGGAGAAACACAGGACUGAGAGCGGCUAGGUCAGGAUGGGGACUGAACCCAGACAGCCUCACUCCAGAGCCCAAGCUCCACCUGGGGGUGAGCUGGAGCCCAGGAGUCGGGGCCACCUCCCCUCUCCCCACAUGCACAGGAGGUGCCUCGAGAUGGGCAAGUCUCUCCCAAAGCCACCUCCACAUGUGCCCGUGGAUGAGGCCUGCCCCCUCAGAUCCAAGGAGGGCUGGCAAGAGACCGGGAGAGGGGGAGCUGGUCCCGUCAGCAGGACCAGGUGGGGGGUGACAGAUCCAGCAAUCAGUUCAGUUUAGAGCACUAGCUAUGGUCUGGAGGAAGCACACAAGAGAAGUUUGGUUUUGCUCUUGUUCUGACAGUAGAGGGAGACCACAGGGCACCCGCAGUAAUAAGAUGACGCUAAGGGAGAUCGUAUCAGCAUCUAGAAAAUUAAUCUUAUUUUGUCAUUUUGGUGGAGGCCAUCCUGCCUCCUGAGUCAGUAGUCCUCAGUUCAGAGUGUCCCAAGAGUGGGUGUCCAGGACUUAGAUCGAAGGCAGUGGUGAUGGUCUGGGACGAGGUUGCCAAAGCAUUCUGAGAUGACAAGCUGGGCCAGGUGUCCUGCAGGUGAGAGCCAAGUCGCUAAUGCCCCCCUCCCCAACAUCUCUGACCUUCGGGAGUCUGAGGUGCUCCUUCCCCACCAGCGGAGCAGCUGUCCUUUCACGGCCGCACGGUCAGUAUAUGUAUGACCUGUCCCUGCAGCACAGGGACUUUAUCCUUUUAGAAGUCCUCGCCAUUUCUUACUCUGGCUGGAUUCAUCCCUAGGAGAUUCCUGUGUGGCAUCCCAGAAUGUGGCGGCCAUGCCGGCAGGUGUGCCUUAGGGGCUGUCACCUCAUACUCAUUAUUAGCAAUGUCCACAAGUGCCUGAUCCAGCACACAUAGGCAUGAGAUAAGGGAAGCCCCAGGCUUGUCAUCUCAGAAUGUUUUGGCAACCUCGUCCCAGACCAUCACUACUGCCUUCAGGAAACCAGGCUACGGGACCUGUGGGUGGCAGAGCAGAGCUGAAGGUGGACUCAGGAGGGGAAAAGGGAAGCAGGCGAAGGCUCAUUAUGUGAAAGGUCCCAUGAGUGCCAGAUAGUUGUCUGCUGUUGGCACUCGUGACCGUGAGGGUGGCAUCACUGUCUGACUGGAUGUGUUCAGGGAGUUCAAAUAUGUAGCAGCACAUUUAGGAGUUCUCAAAUGGUAUGGCCUGCAUUUGCUCUGCAAGUGGGAAUUGUUGUGUUGUACCCAGAAAGGGUAUCACUGUAGUCAGCACCCUGUGGUACCCCUGGGACAAGGGUAAAGGGUUUCUAGAGUCUAUUUGCCAGGACUGGCCAGGUCUAGUGCACUGGACCGUGCACCCCAGAGUUCCCUUUGUCACUUGCUGGUGGAGCUGCCAGUCAGGCACAUUAGCCAGGCUUCCUUGGCCUCAGGUGCUGGCAUUGCCAGGCUUUGAUCUAUGGCUUGAUUGCCAUGCCCUUUGUGAUGAUGUAUCCAGGUGGCUGUGGUCUUUACCUGUGUGAUGCAGAAUUGAUCAGCAUGUCGGUUCCACUGAUGUUCAUUGCCAAAGCAUCCUUUUCCAUGGGUCAUGGACAGAGUGCAUGGGUCCUGUGCAGUCUUCUGCCACAGUGUUUGUCCCUAAGGGGCUGGGAUUCGAUCCAGGUUGUUUGGUUGUCAGGUGCUACACUGAUGUCCAUUGGCUACUGGCUGCAAGUUGGUGAAAAUGUAACAAGAUGUGUUCAGGGGGUGUCUUCCAGGACAAGCACCAGUCUGCAUCUCUGUCCACGGGCAGAGUUUUUUCUUUUCUACAUGCUUUGGCUUUUUCCUGCGGCUGCCCAGCCACAGUGGACCGUUUAAUAUAACUGGUCUGACUGUGCAUCGGGCCCAGGCAUCUUCUGGGACCUCGGUGUACCGAAGACCCCACGUCUGAGGGUCACCCAUUCAUGCAGGUGAGA